AGGAGCUCCUUUCGCAGCCUCGAAGCGCGAUAUAUUGUAAUGGACUUAUGAUUUGGCCAGUGCAAUUUCUGACAGUCGUGCUACAAAAGACACAACACCACCGACAGAAUUACGAGGCUGGUACUCUCACUCUCCCGUCAACCCCACAUUUUGGAUGCUUUGCGAGAAGUGCUAGUGUCUGGAGCAGUAAGAGGAUAGAAUCUCGCAGCGUGUGAUAGCACUUUCACGGAGUUGAGCAGUGUGGUACCAAGUUGCUGUCGGCUAUCGCACCUGAUAAAGUCAGCCGCCAUAUCAAGGGCCUCGCUCGAGCGAAAGUGCUUGCAUAGCUCCGAAUGAAAAGCAGAGCAAUCUAGGGAGUAUAGAAAGCUGGUACUCUCCGAGAUGACUUCUCUACGCCAUUUCAAUGCUAUGGAUGUUUUCAAAUUCAAUGCUACAAAUUUGGACCCUUUGACAGAGACAUACGACCUCGAAUUUUACUUCUCCUAUCUCGCACGCUGGCCAAAUCUCUUCAUUGCCGCUGAGGCACAAGAUGGCACUAUCACUGGCUACAUGAUGGGAAAACUCGAGUCUUCGCCCUCCUAUUUGCAAUUUAGCGAGCAUUAUCUGCCUUUUCACGCUCACGUAACUGCCCUGACCGUCGCACCUCACGCCCGUCGUCUAGUUCUCGCACAAAUCCUCACACGCUCUCUAGAACGUGGUGUUGAUGAGUACGACGCAUGGUUCGUGGAUCUGUAUGUAAGGAGGAGCAACAAGAUCGCGCAAGCAUUGUAUGGGAAAAUGGGAUAUAGUGUGUACCGGAGAGUACUGGAUUAUUACGUCGAUGGCCUUACAGGUGAUGCAGAGGACGGACUCGAUAUGCGGAAGCCCUUGAGAAGAGAUAGGGAUUCGAAACAUAUUAGGGAGAAUGGUGAGAACUUUACAGUCACUCGGGAGGACGUCUUUUGAGUCUGGUCUAAUCCAGAGUGGUGUCAUGCCCAUGACUUCAAGGUGUUCACAUGCAAUACUUCGGCGAUGUAUAAAAAAUCGGAUUCAUUGCUUUAUUUCCAUUAAUCACUCUCAACUGUGGAAUAUCCUGAC